AAAUUAAUUUAAUUUAUCUGAUUCAUCAAACUCACAUUCUUGUUUUCGUUUUUCCGUACUAAACAAGAACAAUGCCAGUAAUCAUGUUAAUUGUAGUCGUAAUAAUCGUAAUUUGCUUUUACUUCUCCUUUGAUUCCCGAAAGUAUCCUCCAGGACCUUGGAAUUUACCCUUAAUAGGGUAUCUGUAUAAGCUGGAUAAAAAAACACCCAAUUUGGAUUUAAUGCAACUUGCUGAAAAAUAUGGCCCCAUCUACACCAUAAAACUAGGACUAACAAAUACAGUGGUUAUUGCUGAAGCGAAAUUACUGAAAAAGGUCUUAUUGAAGGAUCAAGUUUUAGCAAGACCGCCACUUCUAACGUUUCAGAUGAUGUUUGGAGAAAAAGGUCUUACAUGCUGUUGGCCCCUCCAUAUGUGGAAAAAUCAGCGCAAAUUUGUCGCUGAUUUCCUAAGAACGGUAGGUGCCACCAAAACUGCAACUAACAAAAGCACUCUGGAACAACUAAUACGAAAAUCGGCUGAGAACUUUGUCCAAGAUAUUCACAGCCGAGGUGAUCGUACCCUUCUGGACCCAUCAGAAGCUGUAGGAAAUUACGUAAGUACCAUCGUUCAUACCUUGUUGUUGGGUACAUCAUUCAGCCGUGACGAAAACACACAAAUAGAUUUGUCAAGUAAUAUAGACGACGUAUCGAAAAUGACGUUUUGUAGUCGUUUGAACUUCUUGCCGUUUGCGCAAUUCCUACCACAAUAUCGCAAAAUGAAAAACGUGUUCAAACAAACGAUGGAAAAGAUUCGCCAUACUCAAGAAAAAUUUGUUAACACAGGUGUCUCCAAUUUUUCUAAAAACAAUACAAGUCUUAUUGACACAUUUCUGACAGAAAUGGCCAGAAAUGGGUCCGACGAAAUUUACAAUGCUGAGCAGCUGAAGCAACUACUGUUUGAUUUGUUUGCUGCUUCUACCGAAACUACCGUCCAUUCGAUUCGGUGGCUUUUACUAUACUUGGCACGGUACCAGGAAGUUCAAAGUAAAGUACGUCGGGAACUUUUGCAAGUUUUGCAAGGAGAACCGCCUGAUACGGGCGAUUUAGCCAAACUGGGGUACAUGAAAGCAACCAUUGCGGAAAUAGCCAGAAUUAGAACUCUUGUUCCUCUAGGGUUUCCACGUUAUGCCACAGAAGAUUUUUGCGUCGAUAACAUGACAAUCAAAAAAGAUUCCUUAAUCAUACCGUUGCUUUGGGCGAUUCACAUGGAUCCUAAAGUGUGGGAAAAACCGGAAGAAUUUAGUCCCGAUCGAUUUUUGGACGGCGAAGGGAAGUUUUGCAAACAUGAGUCACUCGUUCCCUUUCAAGCUGGCAAAAGAAUGUGUGUGGGAAAACAUCUAGCUAAUAUGAUGAUGUUCCAGUUUGUCGCAACUGUGUUACAGAAGGUGAAAAUUGAGUGUUGUGGUUCAGGCCCUGUAGAUUUUUCCUAUGAAUGCGGGUUAUCGUUGUUGCCUAAACCACAAAAACUGGUGUUUGUGAAGAUAUGAUAUGUAAUUACAUUUUGUUUACUGGUUUACAUGACAGUAAUAAAUUUAAUAUUUCGUA